AUGUCUAUCACAAGGAAGCUCGCAAAGGCCGUGGGCAUCGACGUCGAUGCCCACAAGGACAGAAUCCCCAGUGAUCUGCCCGCCGGUGCUUACAUUGAACGGCCUGCCGGAACAAAGGAGUUCUUGGCCGACCACACCCCAACCCCCGGAGGCAUUGGCCGAUAUUUCCUGUCACUCUUUCCAUUCUUAACAUGGAUUCAUCACUACAACCUCAUCUGGUUGAUGGGUGACUUGAUUGCCGGUAUCACGGUCGGUUUCGUCGUCGUCCCGCAAGGAAUGGCCUACGCCCUGCUUGCCAAUCUCACCCCAGAGUAUGGUCUCUACACCUCCUUCGUCGGCUUCCUUCUCUACUGGGCAUUUGCUACCUCGAAGGAUAUCACUAUUGGUACUGUUGCUGUCAUGUCCACCAUCGUCGGUAACAUCGUGAACAAGGUUCAUGACGUUGAUGACUCCAUUCCUGCCGAAGAAAUCGCCCGUUCAUUGGCCCUCAUCUCCGGUGCCAUCUUACUCUUCAUUGGCCUCACUCGCCUUGGCUUCAUCGUCGAGCUCAUCCCUCUCGUCGCCAUCACUUCUUUCAUGACUGGUGCCGCCAUCAGCAUUGCUUCUGGCCAGGUCCCUGCCAUGAUGGGUAUCAAGGGUGUCAACACCCGUGAUUCUACCUACCUGGUUAUUAUCAACACCCUGAAACAUCUCCCCGACACGAAGCUCGAUGCUGCCAUGGGUCUUACCGCUCUCGUCAUGCUCUACGCAAUUCGAAUUUUCUGCAACAUCAUGUCCAAGAGGUAUCCCAACCAGCAAAAGACCUGGUUCUUCAUUUCCACCCUCCGCAUGGUGUUCGUCAUCCUCUUGUACACCCUUAUCAGCUGGCUUGCCAACCGCGGAAUCAAGUCCUCCAAGGAGGCCAAAUUCGCCAUCCUCGGUACCGUUCCUAGCGGCUUCAAGCAUGCCGGUGCGCCCAAGAUGCGAACGCACACUCUUUCCCUCAUCGCCAGCGAGAUUCCCACCACUGUCAUCGUUCUCAUCAUUGAGCACAUUGCCAUCUCGAAGUCUUUCGGUCGCGUCAAUAACUACAUCAUCAACCCUUCCCAGGAACUCGUGGCUGUCGGUUUCACCAACCUUCUCGGACCUUUCCUCGGCGGGUACCCCGCUACCGGCUCGUUCUCGCGAACUGCUAUCAAGGCCAAGGCUGGUGUACGCACUCCGUUGGCCGGUGUCUUCACCGCUGUCAUCGUGCUCCUUGCUCUCUAUGCUCUUACCUCCGUUUUCUUCUACAUCCCUAAGUCUAGUCUUUCCGGUCUUAUUAUCCAUGCUGUGUUGGAUCUGAUUACCCCGCCGGAAACCGUCUACCAAUACUGGAAGACAUCCCCUAUUGAGUUCAUCGUCUUCUUCGCUGGUGUUCUUGUCUCCAUUUUCACCACCAUUGAGAAUGGUAUCUACGUCACUGUCGGUCUUGCUGCCGCCGUUCUUCUCUGGCAGAUUGCUCGUGCUCACGGAACUUUCCUCGGCCAAGUGAGGACUAUCGAGGCGCCUCUCAAGAAGAGCGACCCGGAUAUCAAGGGCUCUUCGGAUGAUAUUGUCCGAGAUGCCUUCGCUCCCCUCGACCACUCUGACGGUGUCAACAAGGAGGCUCCCAUCCACUCUCCUUACCCCGGCGUGUUUGUCUACCGGUUUGACGGUGGCUUCAAUUACCUCAACUCGGCUCUUCACUUUGACACCCUCUCCCUCGAGGUCCAUGAGCAGACCCGCCAGACCGAAACGAACAAGUACGAAAAGAAGGGCGACCGUCCAUGGAAUGAUCCCGGCCCGCGCCGUGGCAAGGACUCCGACGCGCCCGACACCCGACCUAUCCUCCGCUCCAUUGUCCUCGACUUCUCCCCCGUAAGCUUCGUAGACUCCACUGCUCUGCAAGCCCUCAUCGACGCACGAAACCAACUCGCCCGGUACGCAUCUCCCGAAGAGGUGGAGUGGCAUUUCGCCAACAUUACCGAUCGCUGGAUCAAGCGCGCCCUCGUUGCCAACGGAUUCGGAUUCCCACACGAAGACGGCGACCAGUCAUACAACGUGACACUGAACAUCGCAGCCGUGUCUGAGGUGAACAGGGGCUCCAGGAAUGAGAAGACUGACUUGGAGACUGGCAAUGAGAUCACACCUCUCGAGCCUUCUCGGUCCUCUGGAUCCGAGGUAACCGCGGCUGGUACCCUCUACGGUGCCAAUUGGCCCUACUUCCACGCCGACCUCCGCACCGCCGUCAAGAACGCCGUUGACAACGCCGUCAGGAAGAACAAGGCCGGAUCAUUGUGA